AUGAGCUUUUGCUCACAGCCACGCAGUCAAGAGUGGCGGAAUGAGUAUUGUCGUGAUCUGAAGGUCUGGAUCACACAGUUUGAUGGUUUGCGUGAAACUGUUUGCUCUCGGGAAUUACAGCAGAACCCACCCUCCGAUGACACAAACUACGUAAGCCCUAUUUCGCCUGCUACCAGCUCAGAGUUCCAGGAAUCGUUAUCUCCAGUCGAGUCGCCAAGAGCACCAGUUCGCCGAGUACCCACAGGAUCACAAGGUGGCUGCGCACCAUCAGACCUUGGAGAUCACACAGGGUCUGUGGAUUCAUCAGGCUCCGAGGCAGAUUACGCAGCGCCAGGACGAAAGCGAGGGUUUAGUCAAGUUGAAGUUUCGCCUUCGCAGCGACUUUCUCGCCGGAAUAAGCGUGACAAUCAAAGAGACAUAUCCCAACGACAACAAGCAGAGUUCUGUACCCAGCGUUGUCUUCUGGGGCUGCAAAAUGGCGGCAGUCUGGAUGAUUCUUGCCCAAAUGCUCGUAUUCACCAGCGAAGCGGGGAUGAGGUUCAGCAUCCUAUCAAUGCUGCCAAGUUAGUGUCAUGUCUUAAGCAGCAAAUAGAUGAGAAGAUUGACCGGUGCAUCCCAUUUGGGACUCGUGGAUCAUACGGCGCCCCGUUUAAGCUCACAUGUUUUCCUUAUGGGUAUACUGUUGUGGGGAAAGGAACGACGUCCGGUCUCUGGCGGCAACAUGUUUCUCGCGAAGCUGAUAUAUACCAAAUCUUACGAAAAGCGCAAGGGUCUGCUGUCCCAGUAUUCCUCGGCAAGAUAGACCUAGCAAAAAUCUACUUUCUGCAUGGAGCUGGACAAAUUCGGCACAUGCUCGUCAUGGGUUGGGCCGGUGAGAGCACAGCAAAACUUGAGCAAACCGCGGAGCUUCGCAGGGAGAUUAAAAGGUCGAAGAAGACAAUACGCGCUUUGGGGGUACGACACUCAGACCUUCGGCCUGAUAAUAUCCUAUGGAAUGCUGAGCUAGGACGGGCUUUGAUUAUUGACUUUCACCGAUGCGAGCUAGAUUGUCGGCCUGCAACGGAACGUUCCAGGUCAUUGAAGAGGCCUCAGCACAAAGCACAGAUGCCCGGGGCUAAGCGAGUACGGGUUAUCUAG